CUUUUGUGGAUGGCUGAAGUUUGGUGUCUGAAUUGGUUGAGCUGAUGAGCUAAACAGUAAUGUAAAGCUCUUAUAUUCCUGACACUGAUUCAAUAAAGUUCUACUCUUUUCUACGUGGAUUUGUGUAUUGAAAUAAUUCUAAAGCUCUUUAAUCAAAUAUGUGGAGAGUCAUUAUACUGGUCAAAGUCUACAGCUUAUUGGUUUCUCAUGUUGAUUGUGAAAUAACUGCACUUGGAGACCCAAUAGGACCUAAGGGACCAACUAUCAUAGAGAAGCCUAACAAUGUUGAUGAUGACUUGAAGGUGGCUACCGAUGCAAUCAAUAAACAAAAGUUGGAUCCUGACCUCGUUAACCUGAUUGCCACAAGAACGGCUGAUCAAAGAGCUGCAAUAGAUGCAGCCUACUUGAAGGCAACAGGCAAUAGUAUACCCUCAGCUGUCAAUUCAUUUUUAACUCAUAGAGACGAUAUUCCUGGUCAAUACUUGUUCCGUGGGUUUUUCUAUAAAUUGCCAGAUUACUUAGCGUAUGAAAUACGUCAGUCAUUGGAGAGGGGAGAUAGUACCAAGGAUUGGACAUACAUGUCCAUCUUAUGCACAAGUUCGGCUACAAAACUGAAGGCAAUCAGUGAUGCCUACAAGGGAGUAAACGGUGCUUCAUUGAUUGGUGAUAUAGGAAGUAGGGUAGAAGAACCAGGAAGAUCUACAUUCCUGAAGAUGGUGGAUCCUAAGACAAUGAGGCCUGAUAAUGAAACCAACUUAGCCAAGGUUGACGAACAGUUUGCUUUAUUACCCAUUAAAGAAAAAUCUUGUGAUGAAGUGGCAUUAGAGGAUUUCCUGACAAGUGCCAGCUUUGCACAGAUCAAAUUGGUUGUGGAGAAAUAUAACGGAAAAUCUGAUUGUAGUGGUAAAAAACUCGCAGAUGAAUUUAAACAUUCAUGUAAGAAAGGUCUCAAGCAAGAGAUUUAUAAGCGUAUAGUGAGAUAUGCCGCUGCACCUUAUGAGUAUUUGGCUGAGGAGUUCCAUUGGGGAAUGUUGCAGGAACAUCACAAUACUUAUGCUCAUAGAUACCAAUUAAUAGCUCGAAGUGAAAUCGAUUUGAAAGAUAUUAUUGCAGCUUAUGAAGGGCUCUUUAGAAAAACACCGCAGGCAGAAAUAGCAGACAAAUGGGAUAAAGUCAAUUAUUAUCAUAAUUUAUUUUUGGCGGUUCUUAAUGGAAAUCCUUGAAAGAAGUAGUAUCCUUUCUGUCUAUUAUAAUAUUAUACUUACAUUUUUUCCAACUAAUUAUGAAUUCAACAAGAAAUAAUGUUUUGAUUGAAUACUAUGGGACUUAUUGUGUUCCAACUUUUAAGAAUAAAGCUACAGUCGGACUUGAAAUGAAUCAUUA